CUCGGACUGGAAUAAGAUCCAUGCAUGCAACUGUCGCACAAUACUGAUGGAAUAUUGUGUGCUGUUUAUUAUAACAGGAUGUUCCAGCAGAGUGAGGAGCCUCGCUUCACUAUUGAGCAGAUUGACCUCCUCCAAAGGCUUCGACGAACGGGUAUUUCCCAGGCUGAAGUCCUCCAUGCUCUCGAUACCCUUGACCACUUAGACCGGCAGCAUGGACACAAGUUGACCCAUAAAGCCUCCUACAUGCCACCCUUGUCUUCCUUGUCUUCUUCCAACACCAUCUAUGCCUCAUCGUCCAUGACUUCCACCUCUACCCAGACAGGUUUUCCCGACAACCAACUCUCUCUGUCACUUAGUACCAACUUUGAAUCCACCUCCCCGCCUCUGCCAGUUCCAGUAGGCUCACCAAUUGCAGUGGCAGCAGUUGUGCCAAAUGGCCUAGUUGCCAUCACCAAUGGAAAGCUUUCACCUCCUCGUUUUCCUCUUGGUAUAGCUGGCGGCAGCGUGACUGCACCAAGUUAUGGAUUUGAGGCCAGUGAAGAGGACAUAGAUCUUGAUGAUAAGGUGGAGGAUUUGAUGCGGAGGGAUAGUGCGGUGAUCAAAGAGGAGGUCAAGUCUUUCCUGGCCAAUAGACGGAUCUCUCAGGCUGUGGUUGCUCAGGUCACAGGAAUCAGUCAGAGUCGAAUCUCCCACUGGCUCCUACAGCAGGGAUCGGACCUCAGUGAGCAGAAGAAGCGAGCCUUCUUCCGCUGGUACCAGCUGGAGAAGACAAACCCAGGUGCCACAUUGGCCAUGCGAGCAACCCCUCUGGCUCUGGAGGAUGUGAUGGAGUGGCACCAAACCCCACCCCCAUUUGCGCCAGCCCCUGGGGGCUUCCGGCUGAGACGAGGGAGCAGAUUCACCUGGAGGAAGGAGUGUCUGGCUGUCAUGGAGAGCUACUUCAGUGAUAACCAGUAUCCUGAUGAAGCCAAGAGAGAGGAAAUCGCCACUGCCUGCAACGCUGUCAUUCAAAAACCAGGGAAGAAGCUCUCUGAUUUGGAGAGAGUUACAUCUCUGAAGGUCUACAACUGGUUUGCAAACCGCCGCAAAGACAUCAAGAGACGAGCCAACAUAGAAGCAGCCAUCUUGGAGAGCCAUGGCAUCGAGGUUCAGAGUCCAGGAGGUCAGUCCAACAGUGAUGAGGUGGAUGGCAAUGACUUCCCGGACCAGGGUGAGGUGUCCUUAUUCGACAAGAGAUCUUCAGCCAGGCAGUUUGCAUUCAGUCGGGCCGACUUGUCUUCUCCAACCCAGGUCCCCCCGCAGCUCCCCAGCUGGUUUUCUGCCCUGGCCAGAGGAGGCGUGUCUGGACAGAGGGGAAUGUCACUGAUCGCUCGCUCCCUUGUGUCAGGGGUGGGCUCUCAGGCUGAAGGUUCCAGACUGACAGGCACGUCCUGGUCCCCUCCUUCCCCCUCCCUCCAAGACGAACCGAGCCUCCCGAGCGGGCUGUCCGAACAGCAGGACCCAGUCAGUUCAGAAAAGACGACGGUGAAUCACAGCGGCCCAGCCUCGGCCAAUCAGGUGGACGGAGCGCGAGGCAGCGCAGGAAAUCGUAUCAAGACGGAAACUCUCGAGGACGACUGAAGGGACCGGCAGAAACAGGAUCUGCCAAAACAGGUGUCAAUAUAUAUGCAAGCAGAUUUUAUAGGAAUGUAAAAAUAAUAAUAAUGAGAAAAAAAAAGACCAAACGUGUAAAAUCCAACCCUGAGAAUACCUCCCAACCCUACCUCCA